UGCAGGUCGGCUGACAUCGCCCUGGUGGCCGGCGGCAACCGGAAGCGCUGGAUCAUUGCCACGGAGAACAUGCAGCCGGGGGACAUCAUCAAGAAUUCCUCUCACAUUGGCAGGAUGGCAGUGUCAGCCAACGAAGGGGACGCCUACCCGCUGGGGGCUCUGCCUGUUGGCACGCUGAUCUGCAACCUGGAGAGCCACCCUGGGAAGGGAGCGCAGUACAUCCGGGCGGCUGGGACUUGUGGGGUGCUGCUGAGGAAAGUGAAUGGGACGGCCAUCGUGCAGCUGCCCUCUAAGAGGCAUAUGCAGGUGCUGGAGACCUGCGUGGCCACGGUGGGCCGUGUGUCCAACAUCAACCACAACAAGCGGGUGAUUGGGAAGGCGGGCCGGAACCGCUGGCUGGGCAAGCGCCCGCACACAGGCUUGUGGCAUCGCAAGGGUGGCUGGGCCGGGCGCAAGAUCAAGCCUCUCCCGCCCAUGAAGAGCUACGUCAACCUGCCACGGGUCCGAGCACAGGAGUGAUGCUGGGGGCCAAUAAAGCGUUCUCAAGUCCA